AUGGGGAGGAUGAGGAGGAUGGGGAUUCACAAUGCUAAUGAGGAGGAUGGGGAGGUUGAGGAGGCUGGAGAGGCUAAAGAGGAUGAGGAGGCUAAGAAGGAUGAGAAGAAUGAGGAGGAGGGGGAGGGUGAAGAGAAUGAGGAGGCUGGGCCUGAGGAAGCUAAGGAGGCUGUGGUUCUGCUGCUACAGGACCUUCUUACUCUGAAGCACACGGCCUGUGCCACUGUGUCGUCCUACUUUGUGGUGAAAAUGAGCAGUGUUGGGUAA